GUUUCUGUGAUAUAAUAUUCUGGUUAGAAAGUGCACGUAUUUGGAUAGGGAUACUGAGAGCGCAUCAUCUAAAUCUAGAUUGCCGACAAGGCUGCAUCGCACAGGCCUUGUCGUUGCUUCUAUAGACAUCGAUGUCGAGAAAUGCUGCAUGGAGUCCUCUGUCUAUCAGAUGAGGCGCAACUUCUAUCGAGAUGAUCAGUUUGAAAAACGUCAGUACGGCGACUCUCAGUAUGAUGAUAGUCAGUAUGGAAGACCUCAGUACAGGGACACACAGUAUGAUGAUCAUCAGGAUGGAAGUCCUCAAUACAGGGACAUACAGUAUGAUGAUCAUCAGUAUGACGGUCAGUAUGAAAAUCAUCAGCACAAGGACACACAGUAUGAUGCUCAGUAUGAAGAUGGCCCUUCAUCAAAUCGACAGGCUACGUUUGUGGAGCUCCUCAGGAAACAGAGUGAUGUCAUUGAUAAACUUACCGAUCGUGUAAGCAACGUAGGAAUGGGACAGCCUGGUGGCUAUGACUACGAGUAUAAGGAGGUAUAUGAGGAACCCUACAGCUAUGAGUAUGAGACCUAUGACAACUCUGUCUUUGAAGAUCCUUACUACAGUGAAGGGAUGGGCCCAGGACCUAUGAGAGUCGGCGGAAGGGGCAUAGGGCCAUGA